AUGUGUCGGGAAAGAGCUGAUGCCGUGCUGACGAUCGACACAUUUCUUCGAUCAAUUCAAGAUGUCGACAAGAGGAUACGAGAUAUCAAUAAACAGGUCGACAAACUACAACGAUUUUGCGAUCAAACCGAGCAGGCGAUUACCCACUUGGAUGGAUUGUGCAUGGUGGCGACGGCUGAAUCCGAGGUGGAGCUCAUCCAGGAUCGAGCCCGAGUCAUCUCCAGCUUGGCCCCUCCUACCACACCGCCACCCAGCGUCUUUCCAUCCCCAGCCGUCCAAGCCUCGGAUACGGUACGCGCGCAGCAAGAAGAGGUGAUGCUCGAGGAAUUUCUCUCAAAACCG